CAGACUCCGCGCGGAGGUGGGAUUGGUCACGCUGCUUCUCGGGCUUCGCGGUCCCGGGACACCUGUUCGCUCCGCCCGCGCCGCGACGCCGGGCACCCCGGCCGCGCUCGCCGUCGCCGCCCGAGCGGCAGGGCGACGAUCCGAAGGGCCAGCCCGGCCCGUCCCGGGCCCUCGACGAGCCUCCGCCGCGCGCCGCUGAACCGCCUUCCGGCACGAUGAGCGCGAACUCGGCGGCCGUGGAGCCCCUGCCCCGGCUCUGCUGCCUGGAGAAGGGUCCCAGCGGCUACGGCUUCCACCUGCACGGGGAGAAGGGCAAGCUGGGCCAGUUCAUCCGGCUGGUGGAGCCCGGCUCCCCGGCCGAGAAGGCGGGGCUGCUGGCGGGAGACCGGCUGGUGGAAGUGAACGACGAGAACGUGGAGAAGGAGACGCACCAGCAGGUGGUGAGCCGCAUCCGCACCGCGCCGGGCGCCGUGCGCCUGCUGGUGGUCGACCCCGACGCGGACGCGCACUUCCAGAUGCUCGGGGUGCAGGUCCGCGGGGAGCUGCUGCGCGCCCGCGACGCGCCCGACGCGCGCACGGAGGACGAGGCCCCGCGGGCCGCGCCGGAGUCGCGCGCCGCCGAGAAGAGCGUCCCGGAGCGGCCUGCACUGCGGCCCCGACUCUGCGUCAUGAAGAAGGGCCCCAACGGCUACGGCUUCAACCUGCACAGCGACAAGUCCAAGCCGGGCCAGUACAUCCGUGCGGUGGACGCCAGCUCGCCCGCCGAGGCCGCGGGGCUGCGGGCCCAGGACCGCAUUGUGGAGGUGAACGGGGUCUGCAUGGAGGGCAAACAGCAUGGUGACGUAGUGGCAGCCAUCAAGGCUGGCGGGGACCAGACAAAGCUGCUGGUGGUGGACCAGGAGACGGAUGAGUUCUUCAAGAAGUGCAGAGUGACCCCCUCUCAGGAGCACCUGGAAGGUGCCCUGCCUGAGCCCUGCACGAAUGGGGAGAUCCAGAAGGAGAACAUUCCGGAAGCCCUGGCAGAGCCAGCCUCUGAGAACCCCAAGCCAGCCUUGGCCAGGUCCACCUCCAGUGAAACCAGCGAGGAGCUGAAUUCCCAGGACAGCCCCAAGAAGCAGGACUCCAAGGCCGCCUCGUCUACCUCCUCCUCCGACCCUAUCCUGGACUUUAGCAUCUCGCUGGCCAUGGCCAAAGAGCGGGCACAUCAGAAGCGCGGCUGCAGGCGGGCCCCGCAGAUGGACUGGAGCAAGAAAAACGAACUCUUCAGCAACCUCUGAGCGACCCUGCCGGCCUCACCCGGCCCCUUCCCACCCCCCGCCCCACGGCCCCCCUGAAUCACACACCAAUCAGCACCAGCAUCUCCUCUCUUGGCCAAUCUGAUUUUUUUUCUCCUCAGAACUGUUCUCUGCCUCCCCCCAUCCGCCCCGAUCUCCGAGAAACUGAAGGUGUCCGUCCUGCCCCAAUAGAAAAGCAAACGCUGUCCCCUCCCUACCUCCCCAUCACUGGCACCCCUGGCCGCCCCGCCAGGAACAUUUGACACUCGCACCAAGGAUCAUGUGAUCCCUUGGAGAGGUCACCUGCCCUCCUGACCCCUCCCCCCACCCACCCCGGGGACACAGGUCCAGGCAGAUCAAGGAUUGGCCACGCCUCAGAGUCAACCGGACUGCGCUUCCCUGAUGAUUUUUGGGAGAGCAGUUUGGAUCGUUUUCCUGAUUAAGAUGUGAUUCCCUGGGUGCCUCCACCUUUGCAUUUCUCUCCACACAACACCCCGCCCCCGCCCCAGAUCACAGCAGGGCGGCUGCUGCCAAGUUGAGCCAGGGCACGCGCUGUAAAGAAACUGUCCAGAACUGCUG